AUGGGGAAUGUACUCGGUCUGAACAAUACCAAGGCUAGGGGGAGUGUUUCGGCGAACGAGGUUUUGCCGGGUGAAGCUUGUAAGAGACAGAAGUUGUUGUCAAGUUGUUAUGAGGAUAACUCUAGACUGAUUCCUUCACUUCCUGAUGAGAUAUCUGUUCAGAUUCUGGCUAGGGUUCCUCGCAUUUGUUACUUGAAUCUCAAGUCAGUUUCUCGUGCUUGGAAGACGGCACUCGCGAGUUCGGAUGUAUUUUCUAUGAGAAAACAACUUGGAACGGAAGAGGAGUGGCUGUAUGUAUUAACGAAAGUGAAUGAUGAGAAGCUUUUAUGGUAUGCCUUAGACCCAAUUUCAGGAAGAUGGCAAAGGUUACCUCCAAUGCCGAAUGUUUUAGUUGAAGAUGAAGCGAAAAUGGGUUUGGCGGGGUUUCCUCGUCGGAUGUGGAGUAUGUUGGGUUCGAGUAUUAGAAUUGCUGAUGUUUUUAUGAACUGGCUUAGAAGGAGAGAUGCGUUGGAUCGGAUGCCCUUCUGUGGUUGCUCUAUUGGGGCUGUUGGUGGUUGCAUCUAUGCUUUAGGAGGAUUUUCUAAAGCUUCCGCUAUGAACUCUGUUUGGAGAUAUGAUCCUGUUAAAAAUGCUUGGACUGAGAUUAGUCCAAUGUUAGUUGGCAGAGCCUAUAGCAAGACGGGUAUAUUGAACGAUAAGCUUUAUGUUGUUGGAGGGGUUACUAGAGGUCAUGGUGGAUUGAAUCCCCUUCAAUCUGCAGAAGUAUAUGAUCCGAAAACCGGUAUUUGGUCACAAUUACCUAACAUGCCUUUUACAAAAGCUCAAGUGUUACCGACAGCUUUUCUGGCUGAAUUGCUUAAGCCUAUUGCCACGGGAAUGACUUCAUACAGGGGAAGGUUGUUUGUUCCUCAGAGUUUGUAUUGUUGGCCGUUUUUUGUUGAUGUUGGAGGAGAAGUUUAUGAUCCAAAUAUAAAUUCUUGGCUUGAAAUGCCAGUUGGCAUGGGUGACGGUUGGCCUGCAAGGCAAGCCGGAACAAAAUUAAGUGUUACCGUCAAUAAUGAUUUGUAUGCGUUAGAUCCUUCAAGUUCUCUUGACUCGGCAAAGAUAAAGGUAUAUGAUGAGGAAGGUGAUACUUGGAAAGUUGUUGCAGGAGAUGUUCCUCUUCAUGAUUUAGCUGAUUCAGAAUCUCCUUAUCUUUUAGCUAGUUUACUUGGAAAAUUCCAUGUGAUUACUAAAGAUGCAAAUCACAACAUUGUAGUCUUGCAAGCUGGCAUGCAAAAUCAUUUAGCUUCCUCUCAGGCGAUGUCGUCGUCAUCUGAUAGCUCAUUCAGCGAACUUGCUGAAUCAUCAGCAGAAUCGGAGACAGAACUUUGGAGGGUUUUUGCUUCUAGGAGUGAUAGAUCUGCUGAGCUAGUUAGCUGUCAAUCCCUUAAAGUUUAA